AGCGGGCAUUGGUGCAGUGGAGGAGGGGAGGAAGAAGGGCCAUUUAAGGCGAAUACCAUAUAUGCCAAGUGUUUCCAGGUUUGGGAUGCUUUCCUUUGCGAGGAAAAUCAGCCAGCAGCGACAUAGAUCGAUCUGUUCCCGGCCGGCGAGCCGGAGUAGAUCUCUCGCAUACCCUGCACGCACGUACUGCUUAUGGCGGCGGCGGGAGGGCAGCAGAGGCGGCGCGGCGGGCGGCGAGAGAUGCGGCGGAUCGAGGACACGACGAGGCGGCAGGUGACGUUCUCGAAGCGGCGGAAGGGGCUUCUGAAGAAGGCGUCGGAGCUGUCGGUGCUGUGCGACGCGGAGGUGGCGCUGCUCGUCUUCUCCCCGCGCGGCCGCUUCUUCCACUUCGCCUCCGCUCCCUCCCUGGAGGGGACAAUCGACCGCUACAUUAGCCACACCCAAGAGGCGCCUGCAAACAAGAAGCCCCGUGAACUUACUGUAAAGAAUAUGAAAUCUCAAUCCGAAACCUUAGCAAUGGAGAUUGACACAGUUGAGGCAUACACAAGGAAGAUGCAGGGCGAAAACCUGGAAUCAUGCUCGUUGCAAGAACUGCAUGGCCUGGAGAUGCAGAUGGAGAAGAGCCUAAGCAGCAUCCGUUUACAAAAGCAAAAGAAGCUGAUGGAUAAGAUUUCACAGCUACAACAACAGGAGAAGAUUCUGUCGGAGGAGAACGCACUGCUCCUCGAUCAGGGCAAGGUGCAACAUGCUCCAAUCGGGGCUCCAGCGCGCGAGAUGAAUCAGAACCAGCAUGUCCAGGAUAUUGAUGUUGACACUGAGCUGGUCAUUGGAAGACGGUGAAAAUAUUCAGAUUUUACAGAAGUGGUUGUGGAAACAGUUCACAGAAGAGAAGUGAAUGUGUUGAUGAGGAUCAACUUGUUGACUGAGCGAGUUAUACACAAUUUGUUUGUAGCAAGUUGCUAAAUUUAUUUGUCGAUAUUAUAUAAUCUUGCUAUGAGGAGAAGGUAGUGGCGCCUAUACAUGCAGCAUUGUAUUCAGGCUUGUGUUUGACCAACAGACAUGCUGUGCAGUUCGGAUCGGAUAUACAUAAACCAAUCAAAUUGAAUAAUCAUAUCAAUUAUGUA